CCUCGAGAGUGUUACCCGAUGGUCACGACCGUGACCUUUCCAUGACAACCUGGAACGUCUUCCAACCGGCCAAAAUGACGCAUUUUGUCCUGUCUUUAUGCUUUGAGAUAGCAGCUUCCUUCAUGAGAUCAUGGUCGUGAUCUAUGUGUCUUGGGCACAAUCUUUUUGCGUUCGAAAAGCACCAAGACCGCGACAUGGGUGUCGAAACUUUCUGCCAUGCGACGGCAGCCUUGUGAAGUUUUAGGGAACUGUUCACGGCCGCGAACUUGGUCACGGCCUAGUGGUCACGGCCGUGACCUAUGCCUUUUCUCCCCUUCUUGCUCCUAUAUAUGCUUCCCAAUCAUGCUCGGAUGCAAAGUAGUAAAAAUUGGGAUUUUACGAAAAAUCGAAAAUGUAGGUAAAAUUAGGGGUGGCUAGACGGUCCGGUCCGGUUAAAUUGGCCCGAAUUGAUCCGUUUUGAGUCUGAUUUUUUGGAAAUAUAUGGACCAAAGCUUGGAUUGGGUACAGUCUGGUUUUGACCCGGUCCCAAUCCGUUAUUUUAACCAUUUUGAUAAUGUUGCAGAAAAUUCAGCAACAUAUACCCAUUUUUCUGGAAUGUAGAUAACCUGUUUGUAGCAAAAAUCAAAUCGAACAUGGUCCAAUACAAAAUCACAAACAUCAUCGAUGUCUAUUACAAACUCAAAGUCCAAUUCAAACUUGAAAAAAAAAUAAAGUGCAUCACAAGUUCACAAACAAAGUUUAGACAUCAAACACCAAAUUCAUUCCAAUCUAACAAGUUCACCAAACCAUUUCUACUUAUCAAAUUCAAGAGAAACAAAUGAAGCAUUAGAUCCACCUCCUUGAUUUGUUCCACUACUCAUUAUAAUAAACUAAAACUACUUACCCAGCUACUGCUCCCUCCAUUUUUCUGAGCUCGGCGGUUGUUCCUCAGUAGUCGAUAGAGAGCGAUGAGAUUGGACGGAGGGCGACGAGGCUAUGACAGAGGGAGACGAGUUGCGGUCUCUGGACGACUGGACGAGAUGCUGGAGUGGUCGCCUCGCUGGUUCGGAGCAAGUUAGAUGUCGACGUGAUGCUGAUGGUCGCGGUCACCGCCUUGCUGUGUCGGAGGCUUAGAGUGGAGGCCGGUGUCGUGGUCGAUGGUCAGGGCUGAAGUCGGCGUCGCGUCGCUGAGUCAAAGUCAAGGCCGUCGUCGCGUUUCUGGGUCAGAGCCAAGGCCCACUUCACGAACGCUGGGUAAGAUUUGGGGCAGGCGUCGCUGGCCGGAGGUGAAUCAGAGCGGAGGUGGUCGGAGUAGAGGUGAGUCGGCGCGGAGGCGCAGUCACAGUCGCCAGCCGAUUAAAGGGUUUGUGUCAGGAUGGCGGCGACUGUUGUGUUCGGUUGGGAGGGAAGAGUUUCACCACAGUUGCAACCCUACAGGCCAAAUGGGCUUGCUUGGGCCACUGGGGGAGUGAGGGUGGGCUUGCCUAGGCUCUUACGGGCUUUGCUUUUGGGUCUGGUCUGUUUUUUACUCAUCUGGUCUUUCGGGUUUGACACGAACUGGAUUGGUCCGGAUUUUUUGCUAAUUCUAAGACCAAAGACGGGAUUGGAUUGUUUUACAUCCGGUCACGGUCUUAAACGGUCUGGGUUAUACGGUCCGAUUUUUUAUUUUACAUCUGGUCCCCGACCAAAUAGCCAGCCCUAGGUAAAAUCGAAAUCGUAAAAUCGUAGAAUUUUAAGGUCCAUAUAAAAAUGAAGAGUGUAUAAUAUU